AUGGCCUCCUCUACCGACUUGAAAGCUCUUCGCAUCUUCAUUCAAGGUCCAGUCACCCAUGAGAUGGUCCACAAAUUGGUCGUGGCAACGUUGCAAGUGAUUCCUUGUACUGAGGAUAAAAACGUUAAGAGCUCCUCUGGCCAGAAGCCCUUGCCCUCUUUGAUGACAUUCAUCAGUCGCUUGGUCCGCUACACCAAUGUCUACGCAGGCACAUUGAUGACUACUCUUGUUUACUUGAACAAAUUGAAGCUGAAGCUUCCAAAGAACGCUCAAGGCUUGCCUUGUACCAGACACCGCAUCUUCUUGAGUUGUUUGAUCCUCGCUUCCAAAUUCCACAACGAUUCUUCGCCUAAGAAUGUCCAUUGGGCUCAAUACACCGAUGGUCUUUUUUCUUUGAAGGACGUCAACUUGAUGGAGAGACAAUUGCUUUACCUUAUGAACUGGGACAUUAGAGUUUCCAAUGAAGACAUGAUCCAACAGGUCGGUCAAUUCUUGGUUCCAAUCAAGGAGGAGUUGAUCAAGGCUGCCAAGCUCAAGAGAUACUUGCAGAAACAAAAAGCCUCUCAAAUGUCUCAAACUGCCCAAACAAUGCUUUCUACUCCUCCAAGAACUCCAUCGUACGACUCUCUGCUGGAAACCUCGAUUUCCCGCAGCUCUUCCACUAUCUCUGGUUUGUCUUUGGGAGCCUCACAUUCUCGCUCCAGCUCUAACUCCUCCCUUUAUCACACCAGACAGAGCUCUUGCAGCUCUAUAGACACUGUCAGUCCCACGCUUGCAGCUAAACUGAAUUGGAUGAACAAGCUUGAUAUCGAUCCUAGCAUCGAAAUGGCCGCUCGUUCAGAGGAAAUCCAAUUGACUGAAAUGCUCAAUGAAUUCAGUUCCCGGACUCUCGGAUUAUGA